CACGGCACAGCUACGACUCAGUUGCUCACGAGCAUUCGGCCAGCGCGCGAACCGAGAGUCAGACCCCGUGCACGUAACCAGCGAUCAUACAAUAAUGUCCGCCCGUACCGGCACCAACAGCGGCGCGAGUAGUGUUGUGCUCGCGGCCACCCGUAUGGUGAUACUCGUGUUCGCCGCGCUGAUCGUUCUCGCCCGAGCGGACCAGAACAAGUCCGAGCUGAAGGUCGAGAAGGCCUACGUCCCGGAGGUAUGCGACACCAAGUCAAAGAUCGGGGACCAGCUGACGAUGCACUACACCGGCACGCUGCUCGACGGCACCAAGUUCGACUCAAGUUUGGACAGAGAUCAGCCGUUCACAUUCCAGCUGGGAGUCGGCCAAGUUAUUAAAGGCUGGGACCAGGGAUUGGUUGAUAUGUGCGUGGGCGAAAAGAGGAAGUUGACCAUACCGCCGGCGCUUGGUUACGGCGAGAAGGGUGCCGGAAACGUAAUUCCUGGAGGCGCGACGCUGUUGUUCGAUGUUGAGCUGAUCAACAUCAGCGACUCGCCGCCAAGCACCAACGUGUUCAAGGAGAUCGACACCGACCACGACAACCAAUUGUCCCGCGAGGAGGUGAGAGCAAUGAUGAGCGAAUACCUGAGGAAGCAGGUGAUCGAGGCGGAGCAGGGCAUCGAGAUCGCGGACCACGACAAGCUGGUCGAGGAGAUCUUCCAGCACGAGGACAAGGAUAAGAACGGUUUCAUCUCGCACGACGAGUUCAGCGGGCCGAAGCACGAUGAGCUCUGAAGUCAUCGUGCCGCGUCGCCGCGUCUCCGUGCACCGCGCCGGCCUCAUCGUCGGCGUCGUGCGCCGCGCCACCACGUGUUCGCCGCCUCGCCGGACCCAGCCGGCUCGUCCUGUCCGGUCCGCGACCACCGUUGAACGCGAAGCCUGCCCCGGUGUGUGUGCCCAACGUCGAUCCGUGUUUCUCUCCUCGUCCGCAAGGACCCCAGGGUUCGGGAGGAGCCCCGUGACUCCGCCUCGCGAUGUACUGAAAAACAGUUCGCCGAAAGAGUCCCGGGCCCACCCGCGAGAAGAGAAGCGACCGGGGAACAGCGGACCUCUACUUCGACCGGGGAUUUUCUCUCGCAACGCCGAACCGACACGACGCGACGAACGCGCGCAGUGCACUGCGCCUCCGACGCGUUCCUCGCUUGGAAGCCGACGGUUUUAUUUUCCCAUUUUUUCUCAAUGAUCCCAACGCCGAAUCGAGACCAGCCAGUUCGAGAAAGGAACUUUCGUGGAACGAGUCUCUCGGUCGGUCGCGAGGGGGAAUUGAUAAACCCGAGAGUUCUUCGGUGUUCCUGGACCAGUCGUGUUGGCCGAUGCUGGAGGGGCUAGGACAGACUUCUUUUGGUGUUCUCCGAUUGCCGAUGAUUCCUCCUGUUGAACGAAGAGCUUUCAUAGCCACGGGGGAGAUCGGACGUGUAUUCGAAGCGGGUUCCUCGGGUUCCCGGCCGGAGGAGCAUUCCUACAGCCGCGAUGAUCCCCCGCGAACGGGGGUUGGGUAGAUUCUUUGCGAUUCGAGCGAUUGAAAUCCUGGUGCGGAGCGAGGCUCUUCUACGCGGAUCAUCAUUGUAUUGAAUAUACAUAUAAAUAUAUAUAUUAUAUAUAUUAUUAAUACUAGGAUAGCGUUAAUUAAACCGCAUCGCCGUAAACGGUGCUAAUGAAUCACGCGAAUCGUUCUGUCCCCCUUUCGAACGCUUUUUAAUCCACCCCCGUUUACUCUGAACACAUUUCCUGUUUGACGCUUUGCCUGUCGAUGAUCGUUCGAUGGUUCGUUAAUA